GCCAAGGGGACGGGGAAGAAGGGCCUAAGUGUCAUGGACGGCCCGAGGGCCGUGCGUUGGUACAGGAGGAUGGCUGUGCUGUACGCCAUGGGGGCCUGGACCACCCUGGGCUCCGCCUUCCUCUUACACUGGAUGCGGGCCCAGUCCCAGUCCCAGCCCCAGCCGGCCCAGACAGGCGACGAAGAGGAGGGAAAAGAAGAACACCCGCCCGAUAUUCCCGAUCCCAGGAAAGGAUUUUACGUGGAAACAACCUUCACUUACAGAGAAAACUUCGUGCCGUAUACCACCAGGAUCUUCAACCUGUUGAAAUCGCUGACCGGCGGGCCCGGCCCGGCGGAGUAACCUCCCCCGGACUGUGGAAAUCACAGCUCCCCGGGCGGGGAACGAUUUAUUUAAUAACGACGACGGAAACGAUUUAUUUAAGAAGCCGGUUGGAAAAGGGAACGUGACCCUCUGCUGUUGAAAUUACGACGAGAGGGGCCAGCGCGGGCCGGGAUACCGAGUCCGGCUGUCCGUCCGUCCGUCCCGAGCCGAGAUCGGGGGGCGUUCCCCCCGCUUCCCUCCGAAGACUGGCCGGGCCAAGGCCCCCGCUUUCGACUGCCAAGACGGACGUUGUCUCUCCGUCCGCCGUGGGUGGCCUUUCCUCGGGGAAUUCGCUCGGAGUUUCAUUAAAUUGGUUAUCCCGCGGCUACGGUUGCCGUAGACUUGUUGUAACGUUCCCCGUCUCCCCGUUGAGUUUCAGCAGAGAAGCAGCGUGGCUCAGUGGAAAGAGCCCGGGCUUUGGAGCCGGAGGUCCUGGGUU